AUGCACUAUGGCCCUCCGCCCGAACCCUCACGACCCCCGUCGGGCAUGUUCGCCCUAGGGAGCGAGCAACAACGUCUGUCCGAUUUGCCGGCGUGGGAUACCGGGACAAAUUGGGACACCCACUCGUGGAGCCGCGCCCUUGCGAACCGGCCCGCCGACUUACCCGCGAUUCACUUUGGUGACGGCCCGCCGUGGAGCGAGGACGAGGAUUUGCAGAGCCCCGUCGUUAGCUCGAGACAUAAGAAGCACAAGAGCGCAUCGGGCGGCACAUAUACCAAGAGCCGGGUCAGUCGCGAUGCCCAGGCCGAACCACAGAGUUUCGAUGGCGACCGGGGAUAUUAUGUCGGCACCAGCAACGACGGCAGCGAGCGGUACUAUGUGAACCAAGGCAACGAGGCCAAUGGGCCGGGCGGCGAGUAUGUCACAUACCCCCCAGACGAAGCCCGUCACGGGGGCAACGCAUACCAGCUGGCGAGCCAUCAACCCCGCCAGUUUGGUGGAGCGGGCGAUUUUGGUUCGGAUGAUUCGAGCGCGUGCUCGUCUCCGAGCUUCCACAACGUGGACGAGUCCCGCUACUCGAGGGACUACCAGUUUACCAUUACGUCGCCAGACGAAGAAAUGCACGGGAAAGCCGUUGCGCUUUUCGACUUUGAGCGGGAGAACGAGAGUGAGCUGCCCCUGGUAGAAGGCCAGAUCAUCUGGGUGUCCUACCGGUACGGCCAAGGCUGGCUGGUAGCUGAGGAUCCCAAGACCCAAGAGAGCGGCCUCGUGCCUGAAGAGUACGUGCGGCUGCUGCGCGAUAUCGAGGGCGGCUUGAACAGCCUGGCUGGCAACCUGAUCACGGGCGAUGUCAGCCCUGCCAGCCCGAGCAACGACGUCGGCACGCCCACACAGGCCGAACACACGCCGGCGCCGCAGUUGCCUCACUCGCCGGGCCGUAACCACGGCCAGCGGGUCGUCGACGGCAACGAACAACACGGCGUCCACUACUACUAA